UAUGGAGCAAGUGGAUAAGAGUGCUCACCAUUGCUCAACUCUAUAUCAUAAGUCUAUUCAGAAAUUUUGGACAGAUUGCGUAUUGCCAUUCAGAACGGCUUUGGCAAAGGGCACCUUAUCAUCUUAUGAAUUAAAUCACUUCCUUCAUAAACUGCCAAUAAAUUGUGUAACAACCUUAAUAAACGGUACAAAAAAACCAAGUCAAGAUCUUUUCACAGUUACUGGAGAAGAUGACGGCAUCAAUAGAUCUAAUUUUAUGGAAUGGUUACGCUUGUCUAAUUUUGGAUAUUCGGCUAAAGAAAGCUUCCCAUUCAAUCAUACAGUUACUUACGCUUGCUGGUACGGUGACGAAAAUAUUCUUGAUGCUCUAAUAACGAAUGGAAAUUUAAAUCCUUUCGUACCUGACAAAUCAGGUAACAAUGUAAUUCACGAUCUUGUUAGAAUCUCAAAAUUUAAAUCGGAGAAUGCUAUCAAAUAUUACAAGAUAAUUAUUAAGAGUUUAAUAAAAAACGUAGAGAAACAAGAAGAUGGGAUAGAUAUUGUUAGAAGUAUAUUAGAAUGUAAAAAUUAUGAUAAUAUUACACCUAUUCAACUAGCUAUAAAUGAAUUUGAACCUUGCAUUUUGCUUGAAAUAUUAAAUACUGAACCAUAUCCCAAGAAAACUGUUCAAGAGCUUGGUUUAUAUCGCGUUGUUUGGUAUGAUAUGACAUCGGUUGAGGAGCACGAAACUUGUGAUGAUAAUUUAUCCUUGAUACUUACGAUAUCUUUAUCGACAGUGGAGGAUGCUAAAGCUUUAUUAGAAACUGAGUUUUUGGAUAAGGAACCUCUAAGGAGCUAUUCCAACUUAAAAUGGAAAACUUACUAUUGGCGAAUACUAAUUUGGAGUUUUGAAUUUCUGACAACUGGUUUCCUCCAUCUAAUUCAUAUUAUUCUCUUUAUAACAAUCGGAGUACAUAGGAUUCCAUCCAUUUUUCUAAUUUUCUUACUAUUGGCAAAUAUGUUUGUUAUUUUUGCAGAAAUUAUAUCGAUAGGGAUAACUGUGAAAGUCGUUAAACCAAUAAUAAUAAGAAAUAAGGCUAGAGGACUCACAAUGGCUAGCAGUAAUGGUUACUCUCAUUUACCAACUAUUGCGUCUAUUAUGAGUAGUGUUGGCUCUUUAAUUGUUCUCUUUAAUCGUGACUUCUGUUAUAAAUCAUCGCUUAAAGAUUCUUAUUACGUCCUACACAUUAGCAUCAUGGCUCUUUUGGUUCUUAAUAUUCUAUAUAUAUCUCAGAUUAGUCCUUUUGGCCAUUUACUUAUAACUAUAAUGCACAUGAUGAAAGCAACUGCAAGCUACUUUGCUCUAAUGCUCGGAGUAAUUAUGGCUUUCGGAGCAGGUCUUGCUAUAAUGUAUAAAAAACCAAAUUGCCCUGGAGUUGUUUCUCAUAAUGCAACAAUCGCUUUUCCAGAAUCACUAUAUUACGCAUUUCUCUUAUCAACAACUGCAUUAGUUCCCAAAGAUAAAUUCUUCAGUAACAGCUAUUCACCGAUAUUCACAGUUUUUCUCUAUGUAUCAAGCGUCAUAGUGGUAUAUCUUACGUUGGCUAAUCUAUUAAUUGCAGUAAUGUCGAGAAGAGUGAACAAACUAUUUGAUAAGAUAAUGUUUAUAAAAGCCAUUGCAAGAUAUAAUAUUAUAUCCUUGUUCGACGAAACAACUAAAAUAUACUACAAAUCCCUCUGUUACAAACAGUGGGGCAAAGAAGAUGCAAGAUUAAGUGAUAUCUAUAAAUACUUUAAACUUUCAGAGGACAGACGACACUAUUAUAUAGAAGCCAUAGAAACAGUAAAAACAGACCAACAAAUAGAUGACCACAGUGAACUUGGUUUGGGUGAAUUAUGA